AUGGUUUGUUUUGUUUUAUAUUUUUUCCUUUUUGAGGCGCCAACAGUUUUUUUUUUUAGUUUACAUUUGGGUGUUAAUUUCUUUCACGUUGUGUCGUGUGGAAAUUGCGCCUUUUUGCUCAUCGGUGGACUACAUUCAACGAGUCACUUUUUUUUUUUUUUUUUCAAUUUAGCUCUUGAUGGUGUGUGGCGGACUUGUGUCUCCUCAUCACCGCCCGAGUCAAGCUAUAUGAGAGACGGGGGAAACAUGGCGUGGACUGCGAGUCGUGUUGAAAGGGUCCUGGAGGGAAUUGCUGCACUCCACAACAGGAAUGACACCGAGCGUAUGGCCCAUCUGCAGCGAGAGAAUGACCGACUGACUAAAGAGUUGUCUGAAAUGGAGCGGGUGCACAAGGCUGCAGUGAAGGAUCUUUCUGAGAAGGGGACUAAGAUGGAGCACCUGAUGCGGCAACUCCUGGCCGAGCGCAGUCGUUUGAUGGAGGAAUUGGCACAGAUGCGUGAAGCGAAAACUCUUGAUGGGAAGGAAAUGAAUUUAACGGCUUCCUUAACCGACACAUUGCUUAAAAGCGAAAUGGCCGUGCAAACGGAUGCAUUGCGUCCCCAUGACCCUCCCAGGGAGCGGACGACGCAAACAGUGAGGGAAUUGGAGGAGGUGGCCGUGCAAACGGAUGCAUUGCGUCCCCAUGACCCUCCCAGGGAGCGGACGACGCAAACAGUGAGGGAAUUGGAGGAGGUGGCCGUGCAAACGGAUGCAUUGCGUCCCCAUGACCCUCCCAGGGAGCGGACGACGCAAACAGUGAGGGAAUUGGAGGAGGUGGCCGUGCAAACGGAUGCAUUGCGUCCCCAUGGCCCUCCCAGGGAGCGGACGACGCAAACAGUGAGGGAAUUGGAGGAGGUGGCCGUGCAAACGGAUGCAUUGCGUCCCCAUGACCCUCCCAGGGAGCGGACGACGCAAACAGUGAGGGAAUUGGAGGAGGUGGCCGUGCAAACGGAUGCAUUGCGUCCCCAUGGCCCUCCCAGGGAGCGGACGACGCAAACAGUGAGGGAAUUGGAGGAGGUGGCCGUGCAAACGGAUGCAUUGCGUCCCCAUGACCCUCCCAGGGAGCGGACGACACAGAAUUCUUGGAAAAAGGAUUUUAAUUUGCCUAUGCGUUCGAUAUAUUUUGCCAAAGCGAUGGGUCAGACAUCCGCAUUUUUAAAUGCCAAGGCGUUUCCAGUGAAAUAUGUGUAUGGGCUUUUAACCCCCAUUUCUGUUCAUUUUAUCCACGGAGCAGAAUGCCUUGCACUUGCGAUUUAUUUUAUUGGACAGUGGGUUGAGAAUGUUAAAUUAGAUAUCCCCACCGCUGAUUUUGUGUUUGUGGGCGUUAACGUACAAGGGUGGUGGCAAUGGCGGCGACAAGCGCUGAUUCACUUGGACGCAGUCACAGAUAUCGUCAGAGCCUACAGUGAUGCUGCCGAUCCCUUGUGGUGGUGUGCAGCAUUGGCUGCUGUCCUUUUGGAUUUGGACAUGGAUCAUACUAUGUCGGUUGGCGAUUUUAUUGCGGCCGGUUGUGGCGGCGAUGUGGGGACACAAACACCAUGCACUCCAGUUUCUCUAAAUGAAAUGAUUGCGUUUUUAAAAAUGAGUCCAAAAAGUUGCGUAUUGGUUACGAAAAAAAACUCGGACUUUGGUGAUACUUUUGGACUUUUAAUGGCUGUUUCUGUUCUUGAGAAUGAAGCUUUGUUUUAUAUUGUAAGGCCCAGCGGCAGUGCCGGAGGAGACGAAGGAACCACUGGAGACAGCGCUAUUUGCACUCUAAAGGGUGAGUGGCGUUCCGGCCGUGAAUUGUUGAGUGAGUUUGAUCUCUUUCAAACGGUGAGGUGUUUUUCUUCUUAUACGAAUCCAGAGAUUCGGUGGGUGGAUGCCGUCCAAGGGCACUUUACCUCCGUGUCGGUGUUGCUGCCGGAGGGGGUUUUGGUGACAAGAGACGCCAUUUAUGCCAGGUUGUUUGAUGUCACAACUUCUCUCUGGUGGCCGGUAGAGGUCAUUUCACGUGAGGGGAACACCUUAAUGUUUUUUAGUCCUUUUUUGGAGUCUGCCACUUCCGUCAUUGUUUUAUUAAACGUCGAUGUAGACACGGUGUGCCGUCUUGAAUUCCUACAGAUCGUCUCAGAGGAGUUCGGAAUUUUCCGAAGAAAAACGGCGGUAGUCGUUCAAGUUGAUGGGCAAGAGGUGUGCACGAGUAGCCUCACAUUGAACGCGGCGGUGGGGCAAGAACCAGCGCUGAGAGAGGGUAUCGCUUCUAUCUCCGCUCAUUUUGGGGAACCUGAUCCCAUCACUGACACGGAGUAUUCUAUGAAAGAAAUCCGUGCGAUUGAUGUUCGCAGGAAUCAGAGCAGCACGGCUGCUGACGAAGCCCGCUCACAAAAUUUGAUAGUUUCACUUGAAGCGGACGCAAUUUUCCGAAUGGUUAACGAAACGCUGGCGGUCCAUAUGGAGCUUAUGGUGAAUUAUAUGGACCGUUUUUUGGAGCUCCUAUCCUUUUCUCUGUGGUCACAGCCGCCUCGAUUAGACGAAAGAGGCGGGGCCGUCGUGCUGUCGCCGAUGCUGGCCACGACCAUUGCUCGACAGCAUGUGGAACUAUCGGCCAUGAGAGCUAGAAAAGACUUUUUAUGUGAGUCACUAUGUUGCGCCGCGAAGGAGUUGAAUUCAACCAAGACGAAGCUUAACUGCCUGGAGGAGGAGAAUGGCGUCCUGCGGGAAGAAUUGGCGCAGCAGGCAUCAGCCUGUGAACUCCUGCGUCAGGAUAUCGUUGCCAAGGAUGAAAAGUUAGCAGGGGCUGCACGUUACUGCUGUGCCGUGGAAGAACAGCUGCGUCUAGCCAUGGAUUCCUUCUUGGAGCUUCGAUGUUGUGCUGAGGAAAUGCAAUAA